AUCUUUCAGGUGUUUUUUCUUAUUCUCGGUAUUGUUAUAUUUGCUGCAUUAGUUUACUAUGCAGAAAAAUUGGAGAACAAUCCAGAAAAUCAAUUUUUAAGUAUACCUCUUGGCCUUUGGUGGGCAAUAUGCACAAUGACUACGGUUGGAUACGGCGAUAUGACGCCGCAUACAGCACUUGGACGACUGGUUGGAAGUUUAUGUGCUGUUAUGGGUGUGUUAACCAUUGCAUUGCCAGUUCCCGUAAUUGUUGGCAACUUUGCUAUGUUCUAUUCACAUGCCCAAGCCAGGGAUAAGUUACCAAGAAAGAGAAGAAGAGUACUACCUGUUGAACAGGUACGUAUGCAAGUUCGACGUCAUGUUGCUGCAAUGCAAAUUGCUAAUGUUCAGCGUCGAAAUACAUUGGUAACUUCUUCGACUCCAACACAACAAAACGAAGAAAGUCGUGACGACGAUGAAACUUUGCUGUCAAAUGAGGUGAAGAAGCAAAAAUGGAAAGGUGAACUGUUUCUGGGCAAAGAGGAGAAACGAAACGGCCCAAAAGAUAAGCUUCAUAGGCGUACAGCGCACAUGUGGAUAUUAGGAAGAGCUAAACCAAUAUUCCACAUUAAUGUUCAAGGCAUCGAAUUUGUUUAA